GGGGGAGGAGGGGGGGGAGGAGGAUGAGAUCGUGGAGGUGCCGAAACCGAAGCGGCGGAAGAGCGGAGGGCAGGAGGGAGAUAGUCGUGAGCGGACCGAGAAGGAGAAGAUUAAAGUCGUCAAGGAGGCACUUCUGAAGAAGCGUGACUGGGUGUCCACGAUGAAGAUACCGGCACUGCAGAGGCCAAUCGCAAAGCCGAAGCCGAAAGAGCGAAUAGCACCGUUCCGACUACCACGGGAAACACCCGUAUCGUCGUCCCGGCCCAGAGCUAGCCAGACCAUCACAGAAACUCCGACUGAUGUUCGCGACCAUCCCGAUACCGACUUCAAUGCACAUCUGCUUCUGGGCGACGGCGGAUAUAUUCGCUUUGGCCGGGGCAGACCGGAGGCCAAUCACUCGAUGGACGCUUACGUGCCACACUGCCCCUCACACUCACGAGUUUCGGAUCCGUUCGGUCUCAACAGUCGAACAGACCGCCAGGAGCGGGAAGUUUACGAGCAGAGCACACCUCGCGGAAGCUCGCAUUUCCAAUCAGUACAAUCGUCUCCACCCCGAAGUAUGAGCAGUCGGACGGAACGCCGGAACCGGGAACUUGACGAGCAGAGGUUGCAGAGCACACCUCGCGAAGGCUCGUAUUUCCAAUCAGUACAAUCGUCUGCACCCCGAAGUAUGAACUUCCGCGAGCUUUUCCCCGAUGGACACCCCAUAGGCCCCCCGAGAGCCGGUGCUCGACUUUUAUCACGGCAGGUUGCCGCCGAUUUUCACACCUCACAGGCAUACGAAGAUACAGACGCAGAAGUCGAUUAUGGCUCCUUCCUGCCACGCCGAAAUCGAGUCGAGCAAUGGCCACUUUCACACUCGCAGUCGUCGCCAACUACUCAUAUUGGUCAUUACGUUUCUCAGGAGAUCGAUAGAGAAUAUAUCGUCGUGGAUGAAGAUGAAUAUGAAGAGAUAUUUGCAGAAGAGAGUGAACUGCCGGAUUCAAUCAACCCUUCGGCGAUGGCACAUGCAUCCUCGUCCAACGACACUCUACGUCACGAAAACGAGGAGCAGAGCGGAUUCAAUGGCACAUUCCUCGGAACCCCGCCACCUGAGAACACGGAGAAAAAUUGGAUGGUCUUCCUCAAUGCGUCGCCAGUUAGGGGAUCACAGGAAAAUCAAGAUGGUAUUUCCACGUUUGUGCAUGGAAGGACGGUUACGGAAACUGAAGUCAACGACGAUCCAACGCAACCAUUUUUCGGCAGUGAAGCGCUAGGAGAGCAAGUGGAUGCACUGGAUGGCCCCAGCGACGACACCCCGGUAGAUGAAGAUGAAAGACCAGUAACCUCGGUACCGAGAAAGGUAGACAACGAUGCUACAUGGAAGAAGUUUUUAACAGCCAGCACGGAAGUUACUUCCAGGAAUGCACUUACCCUCAACGCCCUCGACAUCAGUGGUGAUUUGAAUAUGCUUUCAGCACCAAAAACACCGAUACCGGAAUCCCCUCCUGCUCGACUAUCACCAACAAGGGACGUCAACCGUGCCUGGCAUGCUUUUAUCCUCCCCACUUACCCAGACUCGGACGACGACGAAGAUUACGCACCAAAGUCUCUCGACGGAAGACAAUACACCGCCUUGACAUCAACUCAGAACGCCGGUUCAUUAUCGAUGAGUACGGGACCAAUAUCACUACCACGUCUUCCAUCUCGUUCACCAAAAGGCCCAUCAAGACCCAGUCCCUCGACAAACACCGAGAAAGCAGUGGCAGAAUCGGGCCCACCCUUCCUCAUCAUCUCAGUCAGCGAAUACCCCAGCACAACGACUAUAUCAGUCUUGAAGAAGUCGAACGCAUUUGCUACUACCCAUCGUGAAGCGGUGGAUACUGAGGACGAGUCGAAUCAUGGCCGUAGUCAUAUCUACUGAUAGUCUUUGUUUUUUUUGCUGUGCAUACAAUACUUUUCUGAAGAUCGUGAAUUCAAAUGGCUCAUAUGGGGCUGUUUUACUUUGCGAAUUAUUUGGCGAUCGUUUGCGGUUUGGAUUGGAAUGUUUUCUGGUGGAAGCCAAGAUCUUGUGUGCCUUUCAUGACAUGUCACCUGUUAUAUUGUCGGUUGCAAAGCGUGUGAGCUUAAAAAAUG